AUGUCCGCAACUGAAAGUGUUCAAGAGACGACCACUGUGGUCAACAGCAGCAGCAAUGGCCAUCACCACCACCACUACAAUGGAACAACUUUAAAUGGCUGCAAAAACAGCACCAGCAGCAAUGGAAGUACCACCUCCGAAGUGGAUCAACAGAAAGCGACAACUCCCGCAGUGAAGCAGUACAAGAUCUCCAUCGUCUGGCGGAACAUCAUCCUCAUGACCAUCCUCCACACGCUGGCCCUCAUCGGCGCCUACCACUACGUCGCCACGGCGCAGUACAAGACCCUGCUCUACACCAACUUUGUCACCGUCCUCAUUGGACUGGGCGUCACCUGUGGGGCGCACAGGCUGUGGUCACACCGAUCGUACGAGGCGAAGCUGCCGCUGCGCAUCUUCCUCAUGAUACUCAACUCUGCCUCGCUGCAGAACGACAUUCUCGAGUGGUCGCGCGACCACCGAGUGCACCACAAGUUCAGCGACACCGACGCCGACCCGCACAACUCCACGCGGGGCUUCUUCUUCGCCCACAUGGGCUGGCUGCUCUGUCGGAAGCACCCCGAGGUGCUGCGCAAGGGCAAGACGGUGUCGCUGGCGGACAUCGAGGCGGACCCGGUGGUGCAGUUCCAGCGGCAGUUCUACAAGCCGCUCGCCAUCUUCUGCACCUUCUACCUGCCCACGUACAUUCCGUACUACUUCUGGGGCGAGAACUUCUACGUCGCCUUCUACCUCUCUGCCUUCCGAUACUGCUUCAGUUUGCACUCAACCUGGCUCGUCAACUCAGCCGCCCACCUGUAUGGAACAAAGCCCUACGAUAAGGUGAUCAACCCGCGAGAGAGCAAACUAGUGCAGGUGAUGACAGUGGGAGAAGGAUACCACAACUACCAUCACGUCUUUCCGUUCGACUACUCGGCGAGUGAACUCUCCUGGACGCACGACCUGAACGUGUCGACGAUGUUCAUUGACCUCUGCGCAAAGCUAGGCCUGGCAAUGAAUCUGAAGAAGGUCGACGACAAGGUGGUCAAGAGUCGCAUUCAGCGCACUGGAGAUACCUCACUAAAUGACGUCUACCUGGAGACUAGAUCGGGGAAAAUGAG